AUGUUGCUUAGGUAUCUGGGUGGAGACAGAAGUAUUUCAGUCAAUGGAUGUUUUACACAAUACUACUUCUUUGGUUGCUUGGCAGCUGCAGAGUACUAUAUGCUCACAGUGAUGUCCUAUGAUAGGUACCUAGCAGUGUGCAAACCCCUGCACUAUCCAUCCUCUAUGAAUGGCAAGCUCUGUAUCCAGCUCAGUGCUGCAUCUAGGAUAAGAUGCUUUCUAUCUAAUUCUAUACUAACAUUCCUGAUCUCAAAUUUAGAUUUCUGCGGGUCUAAUGAAAUUGAACAUUUUUUCUGUGACUCAUUCCCAAUGAUAAAGCUCUCCUGUAGUGAGACUCAUGUGGUGGAACUUGUCACUCUUGUUGCAGGUGCAUGCUCACUGCCUCCAUUUCUGUUGACGUUCACAUCCUAUCUAUACGUCAUUAUCACAGUCAUGAGAAUUCCUUCUAUCAGGGGAAGGAAGAAGGCCUUUUCCACUUGCUCCUCACAUCUUAUCGUGGUGAUUCUUUUUUACCGGUCAAUAUUAACUGUCUACGUACUUCCUCAUCAUGAUACCCAAAUACCUCCAAACAAAGUCGUCUCUGUUUUUUAUACCAUUCUCACUCCCUUGGUCAAUCCUCUCAUUUACAGUAUGAGAAACACAGAAGUAAAGGAAGCUCUGCAAAAACAGGCAAAUAAAUUGCUGGCUUUCAGAAGGCUGCUUUCUGUUAAAAAAAGGAGGGUAAUAAUCCUUAAUGAGUUACAGGUUCAGACAAUGACAUAG